UUAAAUCUCUGAGACACAUAAACACACAAAAGAGAAAGAAAAAAAGAGAGAGAGAGAGAGAUUUUAUAAUAAUAAAAGAAAAAAUCUCCGAUCAAAUCAAAAAUGGGGAAGAGAAGAGGCGUCUCCGCCGUGAACGUGGUUUUCGGGUGGCUGAGACAACAAUCAAACAAGGUUAAGAUUGCUUUAGGGAUAAUCCUCUCUCUGAUCUUCGUCGUCUUCCUCAGAUUCACCGUUAAGAAUCGCAACCACUUUUUCGUCGCCUCCGAGGUUAUCCAUGCCGCCGGAAUCUUAAUCCUCAUUUACAAACUCACCCGCCAAAAGACUUGCUCCGGUCUUUCUUUAAAGUCUCAAGAAGUGACAGCAGUAUUUCUAGCUGUGAGACUGAUAUGCAGCAUAAGCAUGGAAGGUGAUAUACAUACAGUUCUUGAUUUCACUACCUUGGUUUCGACUUUAUGGGUCAUUUAUAUGAUUCGUUUCAAGCUGAAAUCAUCUUACAUAAAGACUCUGGACACUUGUCACAAUUACUAUGUGCUUGUUCCAUCUGCUAUUCUUGCGUUGAUUAUCAAUCCGACUACGACUUAUACCUACAUCCACCGUGUCAUGUGGGCGUUUUGCGUUUUCUCUGAAUCUGUCUCUGUUCUUCCUCAGCUUCGGUUAAUGCAGAACGCUCAAAUUAUAGAGCCUUUCACAGCUCAUUACGUGUUUGCAUUAGGAAUCGCUAGGUUCUUGGCAUGCGCUCAUUGGCUUAUCCAGGUCUAUGAGACUCGUGGACAUUACCUAUGGCUUAUCGGUGCCGGUUACUUUUGGUUCCCGGUGGCUCUAGUAGCCGAGAUCGUUCAAACCUUCAUCCUCGCCGACUUCUGCUACUACUAUGUCAAAAGUGUUGUGGAGGGUCAGCUUGUACUGAAGAUGCCGGUUUAGAUCGGUACAGAUGAACCGAUACAUUUUGUUUUGUUCUUUAUAAUGUCAACUCAAGCUACCUUAGCCAAAGUAGAUGCUCAAAAAUAAUCUAGACAGUUUUCUUUUUUUCUUUCCUGCUUUUUGUUUAAGAAUCUUUAGAGAAGUUAAGGAGUAUCAAAUUGGCCCAAGAAUGGUUUUAUCUUUUAAUUAUUUGAACUAUACAUAUUGUGGAGAGCCGAAUAUUAAGUAGUUCAGAUCGUAC